GUGUGUGAGAGCAGCAGCAACUGAAGCUGGAACACAGUUCAGUGUUUCAAUAACAGGAUUUUUACUUAUCACCGAUACAGACAUUGUGUCCACAGCGCCAGCAUGUGGAGCCCACAAAAAGGUCCUACACGACUGUGGGACCUUAGACUUAUAAGUUUUAUAUUUAUUUUACAAUUAACGUUUAGUUUAGUCAUAGCUGGUAAUGAACUGUGGCCCAUGGAACGGCCAGAUGGUAUGCCAAACAUAGUAUCCCUGGAGGUGAUGUGCGGUAAGGAUCACAUGGAUGUCCACUUGACCUUCUCUCAUCCAUUCGAGGGCAUUGUCAGCUCCAAAGGACAACACAGCGAUCCGCGCUGCGUUUAUGUGCCACCAUCGACGGGCAAGACGUUCUUCUCAUUCCGCAUUUCGUACUCACGCUGCGGCACCAAACCGGAUCUGAACGGCCAGUUCUACGAGAAUACGGUAGUCGUGCAGUAUGACAAGGAUCUGCUGGAGGUAUGGGACGAGGCGAAGCGCCUGCGCUGUGAAUGGUUCAAUGACUAUGAGAAGACCGCCUCUAAGCCGCCCAUGGUGAUUGCCGAUUUAGAUGUUAUACAGUUGGACUUUCGCGGUGAUAAUGUUGAUUGCUGGAUGGAGAUACAACAUGGCAAGGGACCCUGGGCGCCACCAGUGAGCGGCAUUGUGCCGUUGGGCUCUACGCUUACCUUGGUAGUGGCUAUCAAUGAUUAUCGGGGUGAAUUCGAUAUGCGCGUCAAAUCCUGCGUUGCUUCUGAUGGCUCCGGUCAUGUCAUUAAUCUGUCAGAUGAGUUUGGCUGCGUGCUGCGUCCAAAGAUGAUCUCACGCUUCCUCAAGGCACGCGCACCCGAUGAGCGCGCCACUGUCAUUACCUAUGCCUUCUUCCAUGCUUUCAAGUUCCCCGAUGCCCUGAGCGUGCACAUCAAAUGCAAGGUCGAGAUUUGUCGCCAUGGCUGCCUGGAUCAUUGUCAGAACAGUGCGGCGGGCGAUGCUCUGAGCAUUGGUAAUGCGCAUGAGCGCAAGGAUGUGCAUAUUGUGGAUCCGAUGGCCAGCAGCAGCAGUAACAAUGAUUUGCUUAGAGAUCUGGCGCCAGCACCACCAGCACAGCAUGGCAUGGGCAUGGGCAUGGGCAUGGAUCACGAUAUAUUCUAUGAGGAUAUUAUUCAUGAUCAUAAGCAGACAAUGGGUGCGGGCGCGGGUGCGGGUGCUGGCAGUGCUAGUAGUGGCGAGCUUUAUGCGCAUGAGAAGAGCGGCAACUUGCAGCCACGUCCAGUGCAUGAAGAUCCCGAAGAGGAAGCGGAUUUAUCGGAUCUAUUUGGUGAUGAAGAUCUAGCUGACAUGGAUGGCGAGGGUGAACGCUAUUUGGGACUGAAGAAGAGCGGCAAGUUCCCACAUGGGCCACGCAAGCUGGAGGCACAAAAACGCAUGGGCGUGCCCAUGGCUGGACCACGCUCAUUGGAGCCCAAGGAGGAUGAUGUGCCACGGCCAGUUUACAGGCCGCAAGCAGCGGCGCUGCAUAGUUCACGCGAGGAUCACAUAGAUCUAGAUCUAGAAGUUAAUGCAAAUAGCUCAACGGGCGCCAGCUCCGACUCCAGCACAGCAGCGCCACAGCAGCAGCGUCGCCGUCGUCGCUCUCUGGUCAUAUCCGAUCGCAAGGUGCGCAGCGCUGAUGUCGGCGUCAGCGGUCUCUAUGAUGUUAUCUCAGAGGCAGACCUGGCCUUCUCGCCCGACUCCAAGCAGGAGGCGGUGACAGUGUUCCAGGGCAAGAUCAGCGAGGAAGUGGUCUAUGGCAUUUGCAUGCCCGUACCCGGCUUCAGCAUACUCUUCAUUGUGGUCAUCUCGGCGACAAUUGUCUCGGCGCUCAUCGCCGGCUCGUUGCUCUAUCGCUAUCAGCUGCAGAAGGAGGCGCUCGAGAAGCAAACACCCAUGCCAGUGCCUGGCACGUUGGCCUCCUGGAUGACGCUGCGUCUCUUCCGCAUGCGGCAUCUGCAACAGCAACAGCAACAGCAACAACAACAGCAGCGACCACAGACUACCAGCACUGCUGCUGGCCAUGAAACGGUGCAAUGAUGGGAACGUACUCCAGCCAACAUUUC